GUUGUUUCCAUCACUAUCAUUAGGGAGUAAUGUAUCAUGGUUGACGAAUUUUAUCUUUUUGCAUACCCUUUGGUUGGAAUUAGCUUGAUUGCACAUUCUUGCUUGGUGGGAUAAAUUAAACUUGCCUAUGGAGGUAAUUAUUUAGCCAAGCUUUCUAAUAGAUCCUCUUGAAGAUGAAAAAAACAGGUCAAACAACAUCACAUGACCAAAUAUGCCUGAUGGCCAUAACACCAAACACUUGCUUAAAACACAAACCACAUAAAUUUUUUGAAAGGCCACUUCAAUAUUGCAUGCUAGGGGGAAAAGUUAGUGGUGGUAAAAGAAAUUCAUUCUUUUUGCCUUGUCUAUCUACUGUAGAAAAUUGCACAGUCAUUCACCCCAAACAAUUUGCUUUUCCUCUACUCUGAAUCAGGUAACAACUAAACCAUAUUCCAUUAUCAUGUCACUGCCAUAUAGUAAACAAACUAUUCAAUUACAAACGAUACUUCUCGAUAGGAACCAAUCUCCAGAUCUUAUAAUCCUUUGGGCUGAUGGUCAAAUUAACCUCUAGGAUAUGACUACAAAAUGCCCCGUGAUUAGGGUGCCCAUGGACAUUAAACCAAAUCAGUCGUUAGUACGUAGGAUGCCGAUGGAGGCGUCCCUUGAAUCCAAACAAAUGGAAAUAAUUUUACUCCAGCCCAUCCGACCUAAAUAUUUGAUAGAAAUGUAGACAUGAUAUAUUCGGGGUAAAUUGGUAAUCAAUGUCCCAAACUAGGUAUAUGUCAUACACUACCUUCUAUCAAGCAGUUGACAUAAAAAUAAACUUUUGUUCCAAUACAAAUCACAAAGCAAUACAUAUGCAGAAAAAAUCACGAAACAACAGAAAAAAUCAUCAAUUCCCCACAAAUUCAAGCACAAAAUUCGGACCAUAACAAAUGAGGACUUGGUGAUUAUACCUGAUGCUGCAAGAACAAUACCCAAUACGAGAAUAAGCACGCCGAGCCCAAACUAAGCAAGAAGAAAACGCUCUCAUUCCAACUCUGCUCCUUCGCCUGAGCCUCUUUGUUUUGUGAGAGAAAGCUAGGUUUUUGUAGCCAUGCUCGGCGAAUUAUGGAUGCCCUUUCUUUCUUAUCUCUCUCCGUUUUCUUCUUGGUAGUCACUGGUUGGCAUGUUAUUUAGCAGAUGACGAAGAUGAAGAGACAAAACCAAGGACAGCUGAGUCGGGUUUAUUAGGUGGUGGGGCAAAAAUGGCAGAGGUGCCAUCCGUGUCUUGUCUUGAAAUUGUGGGUUUUGGAGGUUCUAUGGAAGAGCCUUGAGAUCUGAUGGAGAGGAAAGUAGGCUUUGGUGGCGGAGUGAAGGAAGGGUGUGUGGAAUACAAAGAAGAUGGUGUCUCUAGGGUGGUGGCAAAACUAGAGUGUGGCGACGACCGGCGUUUACUGACCAAUCUCAACUCGAGUAAGAAAACUGAAAACCAUCGCCGUGGUGCGCUCUUGUCCUCAAGCUUUUGUGAUGAAAUGCUUGAACUGCUCCUUUUUACCAUCAAGGAUUUAAGAAAGUCAUUAAAGGAUCAAGGGUGUAAUCUAAUGAUCAGGUUCGGGAGUGCAGAAAGUGUCAUACAAGAACUUAUAACAGAGGUUGUUACACAUGAGGUCAAGGCUACCACCAUAUUUGCAGAAGAGGAGGUGGAGUACAAUUUAUGCGGAAUGAUGGAUAUUGUUAAAGAGACCUUAACAACAGCAUCUACUGCCGAAGCGGGCCCAAGAAUUGUAAUAUGGAACACUCCAUUUUAUGAUAUUAAGAACUUGAAGGACCUACCAGCUUCACACCGUGACUUCAAGAAACUGAAGUUACCUGUAGUUGUACCUCUUUUCCCAGAAAAAUUGCCUGACUUAGAGAUUGAUUUGGCCUGGGGUCCUUUACCCACACUAAAGGAUUUGAAGAAAUUUUUGGAUGAUCAUCCGGUCGAAUUGAAAAAUAAGUGGACUUCAACAAAGAAGGUUUCAGUUCAAAAUUCAUUGCAGAAAUAUCAAGUUGCAGCUCCUGUUCACCUGAUUGAAGGCUUGGAGAUAUCGAAGUCAGGAAAAAGCAAUAAAAAAAAUUCAAAUUACAAGCAUGCCCAGACCAGGAGACCAAAAACAUCAGUGUUCUUAACGCAACAAGGGAAUAUGGUGGGAGGUGGGACAAACCUUGUGCUCAAUGGGUUGGCUGCAUAUUUAAGAUACUUGGAGGGUACCUCCCGAGAUGACUGGCAGGAGUAUGUGGUGUCACAUCAAUCUGACCUUUGUUGA